CAUCUGCCGGCCUUGGGACUACAGUCAAGUCAAGUGGGAACUAACAUCACGGAAAGGAACGUUGUUCACGGAAUGGUUUCAGUGCUGCACAAUAAUGGCAUCUGUGGAAAAGGCACAUGUGGAGAACUCAGCUGGGAUAUUAGAAGAGGAUUCUGAGCCCCAGGAGGACCACAUUGCUGAGAGUGAUGAUUCUGACAGAGGGAGCAAUGGAGAGGGGUCAGAGGAUGGAGGGAGCGAUGGAGAGGGGUCAGAGGAUGGAGGGAGCGAUGGAGAGGGGUCAGAGGAUGGAGGAAGUGAUGAUGGAGAGAGUGAUGGGGAACAGGCUAAGUAUGGAGGGAGCAAAGGAGAGAAAGAAGAGGGUGAAGGCAACAGGGAAGUAGAUGAUGUAAACACCAACCCCAAUGCUGGAUGGGCGGAGGCCAUGGCCAAGAUUCUGCAGAAGAAAACGCCAGAGAGCAAACCCAGCAUCCUGCUGAAGAACAAAGAGCUAGACAAGAUAAGGGAAAAGGAGAAGAAGGUGAUUCUGGAGAGGAAGAAACAGACUGAUAAAAAGCGAGCUUGGGAGAUGAUGUGUCGAGAGAAACCAGACGUUGUAAAAGACCGAGAGAAUGAGAGGAACCUGCAGAGAGUUGCUACCAGGGGAGUAGUACAGCUGUUCAACGCAGUGAGGAAGCACCAGAAAACGGUGGAUGAGAAGGUGAAGGAGGCGGGCGGCUCGGAGAGGAGGAAGGCCAAGCUCCUCUCCUCUGUCUCCAAGAAAGACUUCAUCGACGUGCUGCGUGGCACAGAGGGGGGCAGCGAGGUUGUCACCAAGACAGAGACACAGAUGACUGGCAGGGAGGCAGAAGAGAAGCCAGCCUGGAGCGUGUUGAGAGACGACUUUAUGAUGGGAGCCUCCAUGAAGGACUGGGACAAGGAGAGCGACGAGGAGGGGGGCGAGCAGGAGGCACCAGGGGGUGUGGAGGACGACAACAGCGAGUCGGACUGAGCAGACAGGCCCAUCUAAGUGUGUGUAUGACGGAGCACGCCCAGGAGUGUGUGUGUGUACACAAGACCGUGCCUUUUGAGUCCACUGUGAGGAAUGGAGCUGAAGGUUCCUGCAUCGCUGAGAUCGGCUCAACCCAGCCUCCCUCUCCUCUUCCCCCAGAGGCAGCUCUACCAGGACCAAAGACCCCUCUUUGUAUUUUCUAUAUGGAACCAGGAGCUGAAGAAAGACUGCGGUCAAGGUCCUGUUCUGGCUCACAAUGCAUUGGGUCAGGAUACCUAGUUUGUGUAAUGCUGGUGCUUUCUGGCUUGUCAAGGUCCCACUGAACAUUUUUCCAUCUGAACUCUGUGUAUAUAGACCUCUUUUUCCCCUAACGGUUGCAUGUCCCUCAAUAAAAAGCCAGUUGAUAAACAUU